GCGAGGCAGUUUCAGUUCACACUUCACGAAGAUAAGACGUUUAGUGAUUUUGAAUCUUCAUUAUUAACAGAAUGGUACUCGCAGCAGUAUUGAGGCCGGAGAUCUUGCUUUGGGCGAUUCCUCUACUUCUCCUCUUAGGAACGAUCGCAGUUCUCGGUCUGCUCGUCGUGGUAUUUCUCAUUAGACUGUACGCUCAGGUCACUUGUGGCGUAUACAACGGAAAGGCGAGAAUGGACGGAAAGACCGUGAUCGUUACUGGGUGUACCAGUGGUAUUGGCAAAGAAACCGCCAGAGAUCUUGCGAAACGAGGCGCUAGAGUUAUUAUGGCUUGUAGGAAUAUGGACCUGGCUGAGAAAAUUAAAGAUGAAAUCGUAAAAGAAACGGACAAUUCGAAAGUGAUUGUAAAAAAACUGGAUUUAUCCUCGUUUGCUUCAAUACGUGAAUUUGCUGAUGACAUCAAUAAAACAGAAACGAAGCUGGACGUGUUAAUACACAAUGCAGGCUAUGCUCAGACCUUUAAGAAAGCAAAAACAGAAGAUGGCCUAGAAAUGACCAUGGCUACAAAUCAUUACGGACCAUUCCUUCUUACACAUCUCCUUAUCAACUUAUUAAAGAAAAGCUCUCCAUCACGCGUCGUAGUUGUAUCGUCCUCUUUGUAUAGGUUAGCCAGAGUCAAUUUAGACAACCCAAAUCCUUUGGACACUAUGCCUGGUUACUUAUACUACGUAUCGAAAGAAGCUAAUAUUCUCUUUACCAAAGAAUUGGCACGUAGAUUAGAAGGAACUGGCGUUACAGUAAACUGUCUUCAUCCCGGUCUAAUCGACACAGGAAUCUGGAAAAAUGUCCCGGCACCUUUGAGCUGGGGCCUGGCGCUUAUCAUAAAGGGUUUCUUCAAAACCCCAGAACAGGGUUGCCAGACUACGGUAAAGUUAGCCGUCGAGGAAAAAUUACUGAAAACCACUGGCAAAUAUUUCUCCGAUUGCCAGGAAAGUUCGGUGUCACACUCAGCCAGUGAUAUGGGCAAAGCGAGGAAAUUCUGGGAAAUCUCUGAAAAAUUGGUGCAGUUGGAGGAAAAUGAUCCUAGGAUUUAAUUAGCAUAUCCAUUUUUUUUUAUUAAUUUAAAAAGCGUUUUUUAUACUUAUACGUAAAUGUACAAACCUGUUAUUACUAUAUUGAGACCUUAUUAAUAACGCUGACAGUGCAUAAACUUCACCGUGCUUGCUUAUUUUCACCAUUGUUUACGAUAAAAGUAUUAAAUUACUUACAUAAUGUUAAGUUUAAGAGUUUGUAUGAAUUUAUUUAUUGUAUAC